AUGUAAUAAAGUGAUCAAGUUCAAUAUGAUUUACCAUCCAAUUCAUCUGAAUUGAUGUUAUAAAUCUCUCAAUGCCAUAAUCUAAUGCUUUUAGACAAAGUAUUUAUUUACGAAAUAGACAGGCUUAUGAGAUUUUGUAAUUUUAUAUGACAAGACACAAUUAAGAUAAAGACAACUUUCCAAUCAACAAAGACUUAUUCCACGAAAUCCAAACCUUUCAUAAAGAAGCCACAUUUUUGAAAUAGUAAUUAUCUGACAAUAAAGACUGGAUUCAUGAUUGCAAUACUCAAUAGUAAUUAUAGAUUUGAAUUAAGCUUUUAGAUGAGUUAUAAGUUCAUUCCAAAUUCAUCAAAUGUUGCAUUGAAAUUCGAAUCUGUUAUGAAAUUACCCAUAAUUAAUGCUUGUGCUUUAAUAUAUCAAACAGAACUUUUUAAUAAUUGGGUUCCAUUUUGUAAAGUUAGUAAAGCAGUAAAAUCUAAUUCAAUAAUAGCUCAAAACACCUGGUUUAGGCCAUAAAAUAUGCUAUAUCAUGAUGGAUCUUCCAGUUUUAUCUAAUAGAGAAGCUUAUAUUAGAGGAUACGGGGUGGAUAAAUUAGAACAAUCAAAAUCAUUUUUGAUCUGUUGUUAGACAAUUCAUCAUGAUAAAGAAUAUCAGACAUUGCACUAAAUUAACACUACCUAAACUAAUUGUGUGCAAGUAGAAAUCAAUUUCUUUGCGGUUGAAGUCACACUCGUUAAUGCAGGAGAGUUUGUUAUGAAAAGCGUGGCUAAUUUAGAUCCUAAAAUGAAAUUUAUUCCUUAAACAGUCAUGAAUUUUCUAAUGAAAAAAAUAGGGAAAUUUAUGUAUGAAAGAUUUUGCAAGUUGGCUUAGAACAUCAAAGGAACUCAAUGGGAAAAGGCGAUUCAAGAAUAGCCUCAAUUUUAUGAACAUGUCAGAAAAAGAUUUGAAUAAUAUUUAAGUAAAUAUUGA